AUGAAAUUAGCUAUUUUAUAUCUUUUGUAUGAUCUACAGUCCGGUUGGUUGGCUGCGUGGUUAACCGACGUCUUCAGCGUGAUCGAAUCGGACAAAGAAAUGAAAAUACAUCGCUGCAACGUAAAAGAAAAUGGUGCCAGCUACAUUUUCUUUUCGUCAGAUAAACUGGACGUUCCCAUUCAUAACGACAGUGGGUCUUCCCUUCCAAGGUUCUGUUCAGAUCACAAACACAGUCUUCCAGCAGAUAGACAGCCUAAAAACAAUCCGGUGUGCACCCUGGACCCUUUGGGUCAUUGGCCCCCACCGACUACAUCUCAGUGCCCAGAGGAUGCAUUCGCGAGAACUGCAAGAAAAGAGAGCGAAUAA